AUGGUGCUUGAAGUGAUGAAGAAAUGCAUUUUGUCAGUUCCAUACAGUCGGAAACUGGGUGAGGUUGUCCGAAAUGUUUUACUUUCUGAUUCUUCCAUUCACAAUACUCUCUUUCACAUUGUUUGUACUACUCCACAAGAUUUGGAGAAAAUAUAUGUCAGCCGCCUUUACGAUCUGAUGGAGAUUGAAGGAUUACAGUUGGCUAUAUCUUCCGCUUUGGAUAUCCUCUUCAGCAUGCUUUCUGAUCUCUCAAAGGAUAGCCUCCCUAGCCUUUCGGCCUUUCAUCAAGUGAUGCUGUCAUCCACAACCAAACCCAUUCCAGUAGUUACAGCAGUGAUAUCAUUGAUUUCAUGCUUCAGGAAUCCUAGAAUUCAAAUGGGUGCAGUAAGAGUACUGUCUAUGUUAUUAGUUGUUGCUGAAUAUUCACAAUUGUACGUGUUUCGGAACGCAUGUUUUGGGCUGGAUGAUAAGCAGAUUGCAGAUUUUAGGAAUUCUGUAAAUAGCAUUCUUUGUGAGCAAUCACUAUGGAAUGAAGAUCUCAUUGUUGCUACUCUCAAACUGCUGACAUAUGCAGCACGCUGUCAGCCUGCUUUUCUUGCUGCUGUAACUGGUUUCAAAGAGAAUGUAAAUGUCCAAUUAAGCGGGGAUGAUGGUGCCAAGCGUCCAGAUGGAGGUGCUAUUGGGUCUCUGGUUUCUAAAGAAGCAAAUCUGUUAGAUACAAUUCUGCAAUAUGUUGGAAGAUCUGAACAUCUUAUCAAGAGGGUGACACAUUUUGAUUUGAUGAGUUUUAUCUUCAGCAAACCCUACUUGCUUCUGAAUCUUCUAAACUUCCUGAAGGCAUUGUGGCAAGAAGCUGUUCAAUUUACAACUAUGCUGGAGUUGCUAAAAAAAUCUGAAAAGUUCUGGAGUCAGUUAACCAGUUCUAUCUUACUGACCACUAGCAUACAUGAUGACCCAUCUGAAAAUCUGACAGAAACAGAGGCUUUAAGCUCAGCAUAUAGAUAUCAAUGUCAAGGUGAUAUAUUGCAAAUAAUGGCUUAUGAGAUAUUCCUGCAAAAGAAGCUAUUACAGUCUGAAUCAUCAAAGAAUGGGAUAGAAAAUAAAGUUCAUUCUGAAAAACCAAAAGAUGCUAGUUUAUGUGGUCUGAACAAUAUAUUGUCAACCUGGCAAGAGAGCUCAGCUUUCGGAAAUCUGAUCAAGUCAUAUGCGUCAUGCAAAUAUGACAAUGAUGUAUAUCUUCGUGCAAAGAUAUUCCUGCAAAAGAAGCUAUUACAGUCUGAAUCAUCAAAGAAUGGGAUAGAAAAUAAAGUUCAUUCUGAAAAACCAAAAGAUGCUAGUUUAUGUGGUCUGAACAAUAUAUUGUCAACCUGGCAAGAGAGCUCAGCUUUCGGAAAUCUGAUCAAGUCAUAUGCGUCAUGCAAAUAUGACAAUGAUGUAUAUCUUCGUGCAAAGAUAUUCCUGCAAAAGAAGCUAUUACAGUCUGAAUCAUCAAAGAAUGGGAUAGAAAAUAAAGUUCAUUCUGAAAAACCAAAAGAUGCUAGUUUAUGUGGUCUGAACAAUAUAUUGUCAACCUGGCAAGAGAGCUCAGCUUUCGGAAAUCUGAUCAAGUCAUAUGCGUCAUGCAAAUAUGACAAUGAUGUAUAUCUUCGUGCAAAGAUCGCUGGGGCUUUGGUUUCUGUGCAUCUGAUGGCGAAAUUAAAAUGCGGGGACACUGGGAGUCUGUCUGUAGCAUUAAUUGAUAAGAUCCAUAUCUUGUCACAAAAGUUGUGCAGUCUGCCUGCCUUCAAUGAAUUGUCAAGUCAAUACACGGAGCGGGGUUACAGUGAAGGAAAGGAACUACACAGUUUAAUACUCAGUGAUCUAUAUUACCAUCUGCAAGGGGAGCUUGAAGGUCGUAAGAUUGACCACAGACCAUUCAAAGAGCUCUCCCAGUAUCUCCUAGAGUCAAACCUUUUGCAUACAUAUUCACGUCAGUAUGAUGGAGAUGUUGUAGCACAUGCCAAGGAUGUGCACUUAUUUGAUUCCAUUCGCUUACGAGCUGAUUUAGGUUUGGAUAUAUGGGAUCUUUCAGAGUGGAAAACAUCUAAAGCAGUUGCAGAAACAAUGUUGCUCCGCUUGCAGGAUGUGAACUCAAUGGUGUUGCUGGCAAGUUCCAAGCUUUCGGCUCUAAAAGCAUUGAUUGCUAUUUUGUCCGUGCAUGGAAAAGAUUCAAUUGAGAAGAACAGCACAGUUGAUGGGAAGAUUCCUGAGCAGCUAAUAUUGUCAAGCAUCGAUCACACAUGCCAGUGUCUCCAUGCCACUAUAGAAUUAUUAGCUCCAGUUCCUCAUGCUAGUGAAGACAUCCUUGAUUUCCUGGCUGCUCAAGCAGAACUACUACUACAUCUUAUUGUCUCCCUAUACAAAAGGUUGUCCUUACCUGCUAGUGUGCACAUCUUGAAAACCUCGGGUUAUGGCCUCAAAGUGUUGAGUGGCUCCAGGCCAGGAGUUGCUGGUGGCAGAACAACAAUAAGGGUUUUACUUGUGUUGCUCCUCUUGUCAGUUGACUUGAUUAGAUUGAAUUCAGGUUCAGAUGAGGGGACUCGGAUGGAAUCUGUUGAAGUGGUUGCUGAGGCAUCUAUUGCAAGUUUGGGGCUAUUACCCAUUCUUUGCAACUGUAUUGAACCUGCUGACAACUUUGCAGCAUUUUGUUCAGAGCUUCAAGAUCCGAAUUCAUAUGCAUCUGUUCCUGUAAUUUUGAAGUUUCUUUUGACACUUGCGCAGUCAAGAGAGGGGGCUGAGAUGCUUCUUAAUGCUGGUUUCUUUGCAUCUUUGAGAGUGUUGUUUGAUGGUGUACGAGAUGAUAUACCUUUAUCUGUGAUUCAAAGAGAGAGGAGUCUUUCCAACUCUUCUGAAAAAAGUGAAAAGCCUCAGUGCAUUUGGGGACUUGGCUUGGCUGUAGUCACAGCGAUGAUUCAUUCUUUGAGAGGCAGUUUCUUCUGGUACAGGUGUCGUGGAUCAUGUGAUGGCUUACUUCUUUUGGAGAAAUCUGACGUGAUUUAUUAUUAUCUAAAUGCACCAGACUUUCCAUCUGAUGAUCAUGACAAGAAAAGAGCUCCUGCUCCGAAAACACCAACAUCUCUAAAUGCUCUUAAAGAAACAGAACAUACCCUCUUUCUAAUUUGUGUGCUUGCAAAACAGC